AUGUCUCCCUCCCUGCUCCUCAAGUUCCUCUGCGGCCUACUCCUCGUCUCAGUUGCGAACAACAGGUUCAACCGCGGCGGAUACGACCGGUGGCAGGAGUCGGACCCAUCGCCGUGCAAGUGGUGGGGCGUCAGUUGCGACGGGAACGGCCACGUCGAGUCGCUGAACCUGACAGGCUUGGCCAUCUCCGGCCCGGCAUUCAGCAACUUCUCAUGGCUCUCAGCACUCACGUCGCUCGACCUCUCCGACAACUCCAUCACCGGCCCGCUCCCCGAUGGCGACCUCAACCAAUGCCACGGCCUCCUGCGCCUCAACCUCUCCCAUAACCUCAUCACCGAGUCGUUGAACGUCUCCGUACUGACCAGGCUUCAAAUCCUCGAUGUGUCGGGAAACCGGCUCCAAGGCGGCGUCGCCGUCAACUUCCCGGCAAUAUGCGCCGACCUCACCUUUCUCGACUUGUACACCAACAACCUCACAGAUAACAGCACCAACCUCUUAGACGGCUGUGCCAGGCUAGAGUACGUCGACCUCAGCUCGAACAACUUCAACGGCGAACUAUGGCCUAGCGUCGCAAGAUUCAGGAAAUUCAGUGCUGCUGAGAACAACCUCACCGGCAGCGUCCCGUCGAGCACCUUUCCUGAUGGCUGCAUGCUCCAGUCCUUAGACCUCUCCACGAAUCAGCUGCUCGGCAACUUUCCGGAUUCCAUCGCUAGGUGCGUGAAAUUGACAUACAUGUCGCUUUGGGGGAAUAAUUUCACUGGGAUGAUACCUGCCGGAACCGGAAAGCUCGCCGCCCUCGGGACAUUGAUUCUUGGGAAUAACGGGUUCGAUCGACAGAUACCGAUGGAGCUGAUGAACUCCAAGAGACUUCAGUUCUUGGACAUCAGUACCAACAUGUUUGGAGGCGACAUGCAAGAUAUUUUUGGCAACUUUACAACCUUGAAGUAUCUUGGGCUUCACCACAACAACUACACUGGCGGCAUUGUGGCCUCCGGUGUGCUCCGGCUACCUCUGCUUGCUAGGCUGGACCUCAGCUUCAACGAGUUCACGGGAGAACUCCCUCCAGAGGUGUCCGAUAUGAAGAGCCUCAAGUACCUAAUGCUCGCCGAGAACGACUUCUCCGGCAGGAUACCUCCCGAGUACAGCCGGCUCACGAAGCUCCAAGCGCUGGACCUGUCUAAUAACAUGCUCUCAGGAGGAAUCCCCACGAGCAUCGGGAAUCUCACGUCACUUCUAUGGCUAAUGCUUGCUGGGAACCAGCUCUCCGGUAAGAUACCACCUGAAAUCGGCAACUGCACCAGCUUGCUCUGGCUGAACCUGGCCGACAACCGGUUGACCGGCAAUAUCCCGCCGGAGAUGGCAGAGAUGGGGAGGAAUCCUGGUCCAACCUUCGCCAGGAACCGGAAUGAUCCAAGCGUGCUCACAUGCUUCAGCGAGUGCCAGGCCAUGAGAAGGUGGGUCCCGGAGAGCUUACCUCCCUUCAGCUUCAUCUACUCUGUCAUGAAAAGGGAGAACUGUCGCAGCAUAUGGGACCGCAUCCUCAAGGGCUACGGGAUCGUCCCAAUUUGCAUGAACUCGUGGUCGCUCCCUGGGUCUGUGCUGCUGUCAAGGAACAUGCUUUCUGGUGAGAUACCACCACGGAUAGGUGCAAUGCGGAACCUCAGCUUGCUCCUCCUCGACGACAACCGUCUCACGGGGCGGCUGCCACUGGAAAUCGGCCGCCUCCCACUUGUCGUGCUGCACAUCUCGAGGAACAACAUCUCGGGGCCAAUCCCGUCCGAGAUUGGCGAGAUUAUGUGUCUGGAGAGGUUGGAUUUGUCUUCCAACAACCUUUCGGGCGAGCUCCCGAUGAGCCUGUUCAAGCUCACGCAGUUGGUUAUGUUCAAUGUUUCAUACAACCCGUUCCUCUCCGGCAAUAUCUCCAUCAACGGGCAAUUUGACUCAUUUGGCGAGCAGUCCUUCCUCGGUGACCCGCUCAUCUCAUUUCCUCAGGGUGGACCUGCCAGCAAGCAACGACCAUCCCCGGAAGCUUCCGAUGCUACCGUUGUAGAGAGGAGCAGCAUAGCAAUAGCAAUCAUAAUAUCAUACUUUUUCUUCCUUAUAGUUGGCCUCAUUGUUGGCACCGUUAGAGGUGGGCGAAAGAUCUGUAACUAUGGGGGCUGGGUAGGAGAUUAUAAGAAAUUAAGCCUAUAUGUAAACUAG